AUGAGUCUUUCCAUCUUUCAAAAGGAUUCAAUCCUUAAUUAUCUUCAUUCAGAAGCCCAGAGACACGAUGAGUGGGCUGCAAACCGUUUCAUACUGCGCUACUGCUCUAAGUAUAUCUUCUAUGAGGACAAGUGGAUCAUUGGUACUGAGGUGCCGCCCAAGGAAGACCAUUGUCAGCUCCGCAUGGACUUAUCUAUACAGCAAUUCAACGCGUCUCGGCGCGCGUUGGUCUUUCGAUUGAUUGGCCAGGCAAAAAAAGGAAAAUCUGGCCCGAAGAAGAUCAGCGAGGUAGAGGGACAGGCGAUUCAGCUGAGCCAGGUACAUCUGCUUAAUCCAAUGUGGCGUGAUGGGAUCCAAGCUGUGUGGGUAUUGACCUAUUACGGCACUAACUUUCGGAUCUGGGUUUGCCGGCGAGAGGAUCGUGAGCUAGAUCCAUUCUAUCCCCUAGACGGUGAGGCAGGCGAUAAGAAGGCCUACCGCGACGUCAAGGAGUACGAGCAGGAUUUCAACUGGGCAUUUGAGUACGUCAAAUCGAUGGAUCCCCCUGACCACGAGGGAAUCAGGGCUCUCUGGAACAUCCAAGCUCCCGCAAGCCACCGCGCAGCAGGACCUUUCGAGCGGCACACUAGCGACCAGGCCAUAAGCGGCCACAGCGGCAAUCCGGGACUCAAGGUUAGCGAGUGUGAAUUCGACAAUAUUCAUGUUCUGAAGGUCUCGGCCGACUUGACCACCUGCAAGGCUGAGGACGGCAGUGAGUUCAGAGUCCGCCGCGAAAAUUGGUGCAAAGCUACUCUUGUCAAGAAGGACGGCAGCGAGUAUGAGGGGUACAUUGCGAAGCUGUCAAAGAACAAUUUCUACACCUAUGGCAAUCCUAUUCUCAUAACCGAAGAAAGGGACAAAAGUAAGACUAAAGGGAAAGGAAAGGCUCAUUAA